AUGACUGAUCAGGGUUGGGUGUUGGUGCUGCUUACCGCAGUAACUACUAUCGCAGGCUGUCUAGUGGUAUACACAGACACUGUGUAUCGCGUGCUAUUCCCCAGACUAUACGAAAAACAUCCUUUUAACAUUCAAAAGAAUACCCCUUUCCUCGUGGCCACAUUAUCGCUGAGUUCGGGUAGCUUACUAUUCACAUCGCUCAACAGACUACUUUCUGAAGCAGACAAAUACUUUGAAAAACUUCGAUCAAUUGAAGGUAAACCAGCAUUACAUAAAGCCUUGCUGGUCACCUUCUUCUUCGUCGGUAUCAUCUGUUGUACUUUGCUCAAUCUGGCGAUCCACUUUUUCACCAAUGAGAGUAUUGUCCAUUGCGUUCAUGAUGACGAGUCUGGCCAUUCAGAUACGGAAGCGUCCGAUCUGGAGUCUACUUCAGAGGAAAGUCCAUUGUUAAUUCGUGGACACAAGCCUCACGAUUACUUUUCACAUCAUGCUCACAAUCGCUCUUCCGUUGCUGACGAUGACCAACAAGACUAUACAAUAGCCCCUAAAAAGAUGUCCCUUGUGGAUUUAUCCUUAAAAACUUUGAAAGGAGCCGAAGUUGAAGGUGAGUGCCUGGGUACAAUAGAUUCUUGUCAAGAAGAACUUAUCGCACGCCAUCAUUUACAUGCAGGCAAAAAAUCGACUCAUAACGAGCUGCACUUUUGCACCUUACCAAGUGAAGAGAAUCUUAUGUUCUUCGACAAGGACAGAGAACUCAUUGUCAACAAGAAUGAGAUUUGUUCGAAAUUCCCCGAGUUGGAAGUUAACUCUCCCUUGCUAGUCAAUGUCCACGAAACCUCCUCGACUCAUAAACAAAAUGGUCAUUCCCAGCACAACCAUUCCAAAGAUGGUGAGAAUCAUCACGGCCACGAGCAUAUACACAACUCUGAUUCCCGCUCGCUUGAACACCACCAUCACCAUAUUCAGACGCCCUUGUCUCGACUGCUUUCCAUUGGGCUGCAGACAGUUCUUGCAAUCACAAUACACAAACUUCCAGAAGGGUUUAUUAUGUAUUCUACGGCCCAGGCAGAUCCUAGCUUGGGAUUCUCAAUAUUUCUUUCGAUGUUCAUCCACAACAUAGUGGAAGGAUUCACAAUGACCCUGCCGCUUUGCAUUGCGCUAAACAGCAAGACACGCGCAUUUUUCAUAUCAAGCAUACUUGGAGCGAGUGCUCAGCCUAUAGGGGCAGUGCUUGGAUGGAUAAUAUUCAGAGGAAAUCUUGAUUUGGAUCAGGACGUAAAUUUGCUACUUUUUGGCUCUUUGAUAGCAGUGACAUCCGGCUUCCUCACAUACAUCGGUCUCCAGAUGAUAACAAGUGCUGUUGGAUUUGGAGGAAAGCAAGAGAGGGUGUUAGGAUUUGCUUUCUUUGGCAUGUUUUUGAUUUCUCUCAGUAACAUCCUAAUUAACAAGGACUAA